AUAUGUUUUCUUUCUGAAAUCGAGGACCGUGAAGUUCUAUUUAAUGAAAACAUGGAAUAUACACGUUACUGUUCAUUUCAGUUAUAUUCUAAUGCUGUCGAUAUUUAGUCAGCAGUUUUUUUUCAAUUCGAUUUCUGAGUGAAGCCCGCGGAGCGCUGCUGUGGUCAAGAACAGCCAAUAGGAGUGCGAGUAACAAGGAUUGAAAAGCAUACAACGCACAUUAAAAGCUUGUCCCAAAAAGUGUGGUUAGAGGACAACAACCACAUUUGAAGGGGAGAUGUGGAACAGACCUUUGCAUGUUAAUUGAGUUCGUUUUGGGAAUCUCAUGUGAUUAAAAAAAAUAUGAUUGUAUGUUCAUAUUCACUUAGUAUGAUGAACUCUGGAGCAUUCUAUUAUCAGUUCGGUAACAAGGAGCUGAUGGAGUAAAAUUGUUUAAAAUAUAACAGCGUGAUGUAUGGUAUUGCAUACAGAUGAACUAUUCUGAAACAACAAGAGAGAAAUAGGGGUAUGUUUUGUUACAGCUAUAUACCAAGCCUUACGAUUUAGAGCGCUUCGCUAUCUUUGCCUAGGGGUCACGCAUCCUAAUCAUUUCAGCACCACAGUUUAAUGGACAGCGGACAGCGGUAGGCAACAUUCAUCCUGCCGUGCAGCCUGCACCCUACUGCAGAAGCAAGGGUAAAAAUUCUGGAAAUUAUUUUAAACCUGCUCUCGUAGCUGCAAAGGACACACAACGAUUUUUGGCGGGUUGUCGCAGUGGGAUUCUAAACCAUUUCUCCGGGCAUUAGAAUCUGAAAACAAUUCACUCUUUUAAUCGUGAGGUAAAAUGCGGUGAAUAUUCCUGUCUAUUGGUUCUGCUGUUCGCUAGGCCAGGCCUUGGUGUGCUCUGAUGGCUUGCUGAUGGAUUUUACACAUGGGCUGCUACUCGGGUGAAGAAAAUGCACUCAGUAGCUUACUCCAGUCUUUUUGUCUAGUGAGCUCGAUGGACCGAAAUCUCAGUCACUUCAGUGGAGAUGUAUGGGUUUAUUAACACAUGCUUAAAGUCCUUGAUAAUUGACAAGUUUGGAGAAGAAACAUGGGAAAAGCUAAGAAACCAGGCUGGAGUUCAAGAUACUUUCAUGACAUUUGAAGUGUAUAAAGAUGACAUCACAAUGCGAUUAGUGGAAGAAGCAUGCAAAAUUCUGGAGGUAUCACCAGACGUGGUUUUGAAACAGUUUGGGGAGUAUUUCUUUGAGUUCUGUAAACGGUCCGGCUAUGACCACAUGCUCAGAACUCUUGGUGGAAACCUUUUUGAGUUCAUUGAGAACCUGGAUGCAUUGCACAGCUACUUGUCACUCUCCUACCAGGAGAUGAACGCCCCUUCGUUCAGGGUAGAGAAGAAUGAUGAUGACACCAUGCAUUUACACUACUAUUCUGAUCGAAGGGGGCUGUGUCAUAUUGUUCCAGGCAUUAUUGGAGCAGUAGCCAAAGACUUUUUCAACAGCGAAAUCACAAUGGAAAUUGUUAGCCAAAUGGAGGAAGAAGAGAGGACAGGGAAAAAGGAGCAUGUUGUUUUUCUUGUCACUCAAAAGCUUGCCUUUUCACACCAACGACGAAGCAAAUUAUCUGCAACUCCUCAGUAUCUGGCAAACGUACGCAGGCAAAGUGAGAAACAGCUAAGCAAAGAGGAUGUGGAAAAGGCUAUGAACAAGAUCAGAAACAAAAACUGCCACCUGUCUGUGUGUCCAGUGAAAAAAAAACACUGGGACACCAUUCGGGGAAUUGUGAGGCUUGGCAAAGGCAAACUAUUGAGAGGAUUUGAACCAGUUUACCCCGAGACUCUGUGCAUAGAUUUAAAGACCUUUUGCAACGCUUUCCCUUUUCACAUUGUAUUCGAUGAAGAGCUCAGGGUGAAGCAAGCCGGAGUGAACAUCCAAAAGAUUGUCCCCGGACUGCAGACAGUGAGCAUUCGCCUUGACCAGUACUUCACUAUUAUUCACCCAGAGGUGACCUUCACAAUACCCAGCGCGAGGAAAUUUAUCAACAGCCAAUUUGUCUUGAGAACGAAAAGAAAUAUGAUGCCAGAAUCCUGGAAGAGUCGCCCAAUGUUGGAAUUAAGAGGUCAGAUGGUGUGGAUGGAGUCUUUGCAGUGCAUGCUGUACCUGGCCUCUCCCCUCCUGCGGAGUCUGCACGAGCUGGAGGAAAGACAGAUGCACAUCUCGGACAUUGCCCCUCACGACGUCACGCGAGACCUCAUACUGCUCAACCAGCAGAGACUGGCGGAGAUGGAGCUGUCCAACCAGCUGGAGAGGAAGAAGGAGGAGCUGAGGAUCCUGUCGAAGCACCUUGAGGAGGAGAAGAAGAAGACAGAAGCUCUUCUCUGCGCCAUGCUCCCCAAGCACGUCGCCAACCAGCUCAAGGAAGGAAAGAGAGUCGAGGCAGGUGAGUUUAAAGAGUGCACAGUUCUGUUCAGCGACGUUGUGACGUUUACCGACAUCUGCUCCGUGUGUGAACCUAUCCAGAUUGUCUUCAUGCUCAACUCCAUGUACCUCAAGUUUGACCGGCUCACCACUGUUCAUGAUGUCUACAAGGUGGAAACCAUUGGAGAUGCUUACAUGGUAGUUGGAGGAGUCCCUGUACCUGUAUUAAGCCAUGCAGAACGAGUUGCUAAUUUUGCCCUGGGCAUGAUCAUAGCAGCCAGAGAAGUAACAAACCCAGUCACAGGGAACCCCAUACAGAUCAGAGUGGGGUUGCACACUGGUCCAGUCCUGGCGGGAGUGGUGGGUGAGAAGAUGCCUCGUUAUUGUCUGUUUGGAGACACAGUGAACACGGCCUCACGAAUGGAAAGCCACGGUCUUCCAGACAAAAUCCAUCUCAGUCCAAGUGCCUAUUGGGCUCUUAAAGACAAAGGCUUUGAAUGUGUUGACCGUGGUGAAAUUGAAGUGAAAGGCAAGGGGAAAAUGCGCACUUACUUUCUGGCUGGGAAUCUAAACGCCACAGACGGCGAGAUCAUGGGGCGUCCUGUGAGGGAAUCUGACUCGGGGCGUGAGUCGGCCAAGUCUCUCCAUGAAUCCAGGAUGGACACGCUACAGAGACAGGGCCCUCGAGGUGUGAAAAGUCCCCAGUCCCAAGAUCGCCGCCCUACAGUUGCCAUGAAGUAUUCCGACAGCCCGACACAACCCCAUGCCAAGCCCCCCAGUAAAAGCCACCCAAGUAUUAAGGGUUUGACAGGCAAAACACGAGAUUCACAAAGCUACGGAAGCCUCCACAGUGACCAGCAGUCAGGAGACAACCCAUAUCGGCUUACACAGGUGUCAGUGGAAACAGCUGCCAGUGAGCCAUCCAGCAGCAGAACAAGAAACAGGCUCACCAAGUCAAAUUUCUGUGUGUUACUGUAGCACAUGUACGCAGAGCGAGUCCGAAGAAGGGCAGAGUUACUAUAAUCUGUUUUUCAAAUUCAAAGAAAUUGCAAUAGCUAUUUCCAACAUUUGCAGAGAUUAUAAUUAUAUAGCAUUAAAUCUGUAGGACAAAGGUUCAUGAAAAAGAAAUGACUCAGUGUAUCAGUGUAACUAACUGUGAACCUGUUUGUCAGUGAGAUUUAACUGCAUGAAAGUGUAAGUUGGGGAUGGGGGAUUAGUAGGAUUCGUAUGCUGAUUACAUCUGUACUGUACUGAGAGUAGAUAAGACAACAUUGUCAACAUUUCUGAAUUAUUUAUGAAACAUGACGCCAUGGGUUGCCAGUGGUUUCAAAUGUGUUCUGAACACCAUGUACAUGAAACAUGGAUAUAGAUGCUAGAAUGUAAUGUUAUCCUUUUAUUCCCAGUGUUAGCAUAUGUACAUUAUUAUACAUCAUAAAGACAUGUCUUGACAAAUACACACUCAUGUAGUGCCAAAUUGCUUUCCUAAAGUUACAGUGUGUAUAUAAAAUUGUAUAAAGAUUAUCACAUUUAAUAGUAGCUCAGCACAGAGCAUAGUGAUUGUAUGAUUAUUAUGUAUUAUAAUCAUUCUGUACUACAAUUACGUACAUUAUAACAAAAUAAUUCAAAUUAUUUAAAGUUUAUAGAAUAAAACCAUUUCUAUUCAGUGCUGUAUAUUGUUAUUGGUUACACAAAUACAAUCUGUUUUACUAUGUUUGACUGUUUCGCUAUUAAAGUGCGUCUCGUAUUUAUGAAAGAGAGAAAUUACUAUCUGUCUAUUUGU